CGCGCCCGCUAUCUCCUCCUGGAUAAGCCGCCCAUCCAGCUGCGCUUCCCGCGCGUGCAGAUCCCUUAAACCCGUCUCCCUCCUCCUCCUCAGGCUCAGCUCAGCUCGAUCACCACCACACCACACGCGCGCGCGGCCAACCAUGGCGCUCGUCUCCGCCUCCUCCUCCUCCACCGCCGUGGCGGCCCUCCCCGGCGCCGCCCGGGCCUCCUCGUUCCUCGCCGGCGCGGGCAGGAGCGGCGGUGGCAGGCUGCUGCUGAGGCAGGCCGAGCCGUCGUCCGCGCGGUCGGCGUCGUUCGCCGUGCGCGCCGCGGCGCCCGACAGGCCCAUCUGGUUCCCCGGCAGCACCCCGCCGCCGUGGCUCGACGGCAGCCUCCCCGGCGACUUCGGCUUCGAUCCCUUGGGUCUUGGAUCGGACCCGGAGAGCUUGCGGUGGAACGUGCAGGCAGAGCUGGUGCACUGCCGGUGGGCGAUGCUGGGCGCGGCGGGCAUCUUCAUCCCGGAGUUCCUUACCAAGAUCGGCAUCCUCAACACGCCGUCGUGGUACACCGCCGGCGAGCAGCAGUACUUCACCGACACCACCACCCUCUUCAUCAUCGAGCUUAUCCUCAUCGGCUGGGCCGAGGGCCGCCGGUGGGCUGACAUCAUCAAGCCCGGCUGCGUCAACACCGAUCCCAUCUUCCCCAACAACAAGCUCACCGGCACCGACGUCGGGUACCCUGGUGGCCUGUGGUUCGACCCGCUUGGCUGGGGUACCGGCUCGCCGGAGAAGAUCAAGGAGCUCCGCACCAAGGAGAUCAAGAACGGCCGCCUCGCCAUGCUCGCCGUCAUGGGAGCUUGGUUCCAGGCCGAGUACACCGGCACCGGCCCCAUCGACAACCUCUUCGCCCACCUCGCCGAUCCUGGCCACGCCACCAUCUUCCAGGCCUUCACCCCAAAAUGAGGAGUCCAGGUGUUGAGAGUGUUAGCAAUGGCUGACAUGGGGAUGGAGAAAGAUUGUUCGUCGAUGCGACUUGAACUUUUUUUUUGUGGGGGGAUUGGAGUAGGCUGUGAAUGGUGUAACUGUGGAUGGAGCAAUGUAUGCUGUUGAUUCUGUACUUGUACUAUGCUGUAACCGAUGUAAAAAAAAAAGUUGAUACUCUUUUAGAAGUGACGUACUCUUCAUCACUGAA